AUGGUCCUAUACGGGACAUUUGUAUGGGGCCAGAAUGUGACCCCGAGAAUGGAUCGCUUCGAUUCCCGCGACGCGUCCACGGUCAAAAUCAUUCAUGAAUAUCACCCGGCCUUUCCAGUUUCACCAGGACAGGAGGAUCGCGACUUAUCGCGAACAAUGGGCUCUGUGGUGCUUCAAGUAGGCGCCUUAGAGCUCCUAGCAAGGUAUUCAACGAACUCAGGGAGAGCGACCAGCGUUCUCUCAUCAUUACAUGAAUUCAGAACACAAGAAGUUGAAUUGGCUGGUGGGAAACAGUGGAAUUGGAAGUAUUUAAGGGAUCAAUUUGAUCAAAAAGAUUUAGAAGGACUCUACAGAAAAUACGAUGACAAACUGAGAGAUGUAUUAAUUCAUAUUUAUGUAUCUCUUCUAGUAUUCUUUACGACUGUACACAUCGUUUUAGUUGUGAUAUCUACAUUUUCAGAGCAAAUACAGUCAGAGUCAACAUACUUAACAAUGGGAAUGUACGUUUUGCGUAUUGCAAUACCAGCUCUAUCACUUUGCAAGAAGGUAUAUGAGCCCUUGAAGAAGAAGUGCAAUUGGAUGCCGAUAUUUAUUACAUUUUUUGUUACUUUGCACUUAGUUUUAACAGAUAUCGCUGUGUGCAUCUACAGUUCGUUCGAGGGGAUAUCGUUGAGACCAGCAUACGCAACGAUGGCUUUGCUGUCUAUUUACAUAUUUUUACCUAUGAGAAACAAUUUCCUGGUAAUAAUACUGGGUGUUUUGGUCAGCGCUAUCUAUGUACUGAUCUUUGCUUUCUUCACUUAUCGGCAGAACCCACAGAUCGGUGUUGUCGUAGCAUCAGAUAUAAUUUAUCUGAUCGGCGUAAAUCUAAUGGGCGUGUACUUUAGGCUAAUGAACGAAAUAAUUACAAGACGGUCCUUUUUGGACAGAAGAGCCUGUGUGGAGAGUACGUUAAGAUUGAAAUUCGUUAAGGAUCAAGAAGAACGGCUGAUGAUGAGCAUUUUACCGGAGCACAUCGUAUCCAAAGUGAGGCAAGACAUUAGAAAUAUGUUUUUGGGACUACACACUCGCGACUUAAGUUACACUAUGAGAUCAUUCAAUCAGUUAUACGUCGAAGAACACGAAAAUGUCAGUAUUCUUUAUGCGGAUGUCGUUAAUUACACAAUGAUAUCAACAAGUUUAUCUCCCAUGAGAAUGGUGGAAUUACUGAACGAGCUUUUCGGAAGAUUUGACGAGGCUUCAGAGGAAUACGAUGUACUACGGAUAAAAUUCCUUGGUGACUGUUACUACUGCGUCAGUGGGAUUCCUAAGCCUUCUGUUUAUCAUGCGAAAAACUGCGUUGAUUUAGGACUGGAAAUGAUUCAUAUCAUCAAAGAUGUCAGAGAAAAACGCUCCUUAAACAUAGAUAUGAGGAUAGGUGUACAUUCCGGGAGAAUUCUGAGUGGCUUGAUAGGUAUCAGAAAAUGGCAAUACGAUGUUUGGUCAAAAGACGUUACCAUAGCAAACAAAAUGGAAUCCACCGGAAAAGCUGGAAAAGUUCACGUAACCAAGCAAACGCUAGAACUCCUUAUAGAUUUUGCAAGAGAAUAUAUUAUUGAACCAAAUUUUGAAUCUCAAAAUGAUCCUUUCAUCACAAAAAAUAAACUGGAAACCUUUCUUCUGUCACGACCAGCCAGGCCUCCAGAAUACAAACCCUUCCGUAGAGCAUCCGUUGGAUUUAACAAGAUAAUUACAACUAAAACUUCAACGUCUAGACGAUCGGAUAACAGAAAUUCAACGAGACGAACAACAACGUUCAUGGACGAGAACUUGGUGGAAUAUCAGCAAAUGUUGAAGGCUGCUGACGCGCAGAUGGCAAAGGAGAUCGAAGAAAUGACAAAGGGAAAAGAAUUUUUCAAGAAAGAAUCAAACUUGAACCGAUGUUCGCUAAUGUUCAAAGACUUCCGUCUUGAAAAAAUGUUCCUUUUGCUGUCGGACCCUCUAUUUAAAUAUUAAAUAACAUGCUGUCUUAUUAUUUUAUGCUUGAUUUUAUUGAUCAAUGGAUUAACUACAAAUUGGCUUUAUGAUUUCCAUUGGGUUACUUGGCUGCUUUUUGGAUUCCUUGUUAUCGGACUAAUUAUAAUGCAACCCUUCACGUGGUUCCACUUUUUAUGGACAAAAUACAAAGGAAUCGAUGAACCGAAAAACAAAUAUUUGCGAUAUAUAUAUGACAUUUCUUCAAAUAUAAUAAGAUCUGCUAAAAUAAGAACAAUAAUAACAAUAAUGUAUUUAUUGAUAAGUCUAGGUCUGGCUGCGACUUCAGUAAUUACAGUUGUUGGAUGUUCUGUUGUAGAAGUAGAAUUAGUGGAUGCUGAAUCAGUAUUAUCCAAUUGUGUAUCAUCAUGGCACGUCACACAAUCUUGGGGGCUGGCGCUCCUGUUGAAUUUCCUAUUCAGCAGAGUUUUUUUCAUAUUUAAGUGGAUCGUUGCGGGUGGAAUGACAGUGUUCUACCUAUGGGUUGUUUGGGAAAUCAAAACCUCUCUUUUUGCUGAAGAUGCAACAUGGAAUGUUGGAUUAGAUCCAAGAAUAUCUCAUACUCUCUCAGUUGUAUUCAUUACAAUUACUUUAUAUUUUAUCGAUAGAACAACUGAACACAGAAACCGAUUAGACCAUUUAUGGCAAUUGCAACUAAGUGAGGAGCAACAAGAAGCUGAAACUAUGCUUAAAGUUAAUAAUAUGUUUUUGGAGAAUAUUUUACCUGCUCAUGUAGUUCAGGUGUACUUAAAUUUGAAUAGGUCUAUAGAUGAGUUGUAUUAUGAAAAGUAUGACAAUGUGGCAGUAAUGUUCGCCUCUCUCACUGACUACAAACUGGGCCUAGAAGGUGACGCAGAUAUGAGUGAUAAAUUUGUGUUAAGCAUAUUAGAUGAAGUAAUUUCAGAUUUCGACCGGUUGCUCCUAAUAGGAACAUCGGCUCAUAGAGUUGAAAAAAUUAAAAUGGCAGGUUGGACUUAUAUGGCUGCAUGCGGAUUAGAUCCAAAUAGACGCGAAUCACCAGAUGCUAUAUCUCGUACAUCUAACAGUCCAAAUAACAGUUCAUAUAGUAAAUCCGUUGUGUUAACCAUGGUUGAAUUCGCUGCAGCUAUGAUGAUGCAACUUCAAAAUUUUAAUCGAGGGUCGUUUCAAAGCUAUGAAGGACUCAAUUUAAGAAUAGGUAUCUCACACGGCGAAGUAGCAGCGGGUAUGGUGGGGUCUUUAAAGCCGCUUUAUGAUAUUUGGGGACAUGCAGUAAACAUGGCUUCAAGAAUGGAUUCGACUGGACAAACUGGUAAAAUUCAAGUUACCGAAAAUACAGCAAUAUUACUGGACGAAUGUGACAUUCUUACGACUUACCGAGGAGAGACUUUCGUCAAGGGAGCAGGAUACAUCAAAACAUAUUAUGUUCCACUUGAUGAAAAUUUCAAUUUAAUAAAAAAGGAUCAAAGUCUACAUUACUAUAGGUUAGAAGAUAGGAACCGUUAUUAUAACCUUAGGAAUACGAACUUUGAAGAACCUUAUUCAGAUAAUGACAAUAUUGAAUCAGAAACUUGCGAUUCUACUUUUAGUGUUAGAGAUCUUAGUAUUCUUAGUGACAAUUCUAGUGUUGAAUUGAACGAUAUUUCAAGAAGAAGCUCUUCUACUAAAGAUUACGAAAUAAUUGAAACUCGAUGUUGAUCUAUGUUUUUUCUAAUUUGUAUUAUAUACAACUUGUAAGAUUCAUAAGCAAACAUGUUCAUGGAAAUAAUGGCUUCAUCUGUGAACGGUCAGCCUUACACCACAAUCUCUUGUCCCGGGUGUCAUAAAAAGCAACUAAAGGAUUGACGGGAGACAAUAGUGUUAUCUGAGUAUACUAUACUAUGUAUAAUACCCGCGUAGGGCGGUCACGAACUGGAAUAAAUGGUAGGGCGUAUCGUAAGCCAGCACGGGUGGGUAUCACCAUCCUGUCGAUUUUUACCUCAAAGUUAUCCCAUUCGAACAAUGGGAGAACCAUUAUAAAAUAUAUUUGAGACUUCGAUCAUGUCUCAAGGUGUGUGACGACAUUCUAAGCUUAUAUGAGCUCCAAUAACAACUUGAA